ACUGAUCGGAGGAUGCAAGAAGGGUAACACAAUACACAGUAAGAGAGGAGGAGUGGUGCUGAGCUACAGAAAGAAAAGCAACAUGGAGGCGUGUGCCCCAGCCUGAUGCAGCAUUGUGAUCACCCCUACCGGGUGCAAGCAUCGGUUGAAUGCCCUUGUGCACCCCAAUCCCCCCUCCAGGCUGCUGCAGCGCACCAAGGCUAUAGGAGAGGACAUGGUCAGUUCUGCGGCGACUCUCCUCCUCUGUCUGCUGGGCUGUAACGUGUGGAAAGCGGUCACCAAAACCUUACAGGAGCAGAAUGCAGCAGCUCAAGAGGUGACUUUGAAAGUCCAAGUUAGUGAUGCCAGUACCCACCAGCCACUGAAUGAUGCAUUCAUAGAGAUAUUUGCCAACCAGGUGUCUGCUGCCACUGGAACCACAGGAACCGAUGGCACAGCAUUAAUCAGGCUUCAGUAUAAGCUGGGCAGUCAGUUGAUUGUCACAGCCACCAAACAUGCCUACGUGCCAAACUCUGCACCUUGGCGGCCACUCAGAUUACCUGUGUUCUCCUCACUAAGCUUGGGUUUGCUUCCUGAACGUUCAGCUACGCUAAUGGUGUAUGAUGAUAUUGUGCAGAUAGUUUCGGGAUUUCAAGGAUCACGGUUGCAACCCAGAGUUCACUUUCAGAGGCGAGUGCUAAGCCUGCCUGGGAACUCCACCUACAAGGACCUCACUGCUUUUCUAACUGCUGCUAGUUCCCCAUGGGAAGUUGAUAGUUUUCCAUACUUACAGGGAUCAGAUGGCAACACAACAGGAAAUAGCAGCAGGUUUGAUCUCACUCCGGUUACUGCUGUCAGUGUCCAUUUGCUCAACAGCGAUGGGAAAGAUGUUCCAGUCAAUGGACCCAUCUAUGUAACUGUGCCCUUGCCAACUCAUACCAACCUUAAACACAAUGCUCAUGUCCCAGCAUGGAGAUUUGACCAAAAACACGGAACAUGGCUGAAAAGUAGCCUUGGCCUCAUCCAGCAAGAAGGAAAUCAGCUCACCUGGACAUACAUUGCACCACAGCUUGGCUACUGGGUGGCUGCCAUGUCUCCCUCCAACCCAGAUCCGGUGGUAACACAGGAUAUCACUACCUACCACACCUUGUUUCUCUUGGCUAUAUUAGGAGGAAUAGCUUUCAUACUGCUGGUUCUCUUGUGUCUGCUGCUCUACUACUGCAGGAGGAAAUGUUUAAAACCACGUCCGCAUCACAGGAAGCUUCAUCUUUCCACAGCACUAGAUUGUUCCAAAAAAGACCAAGCCACUUCAAUGUCCCACAUCAAUUUAAUUAGUCCUGUUCACAUGGAGAUGGUAUCUUCUAGUGGUGAGGCAGAUAUGCACACCCCGAUGCUUAAGCCUUCAUAUAGUACCUCAAGGGAAUUUAGCUCAAGGGAAGAGCUGCUUUCUCGUCAAGAUCAAAAGAGCAGAAUGUCUUUAGAUAACCUGACUCCAAGUGCAACUUUGAGACAAGUUUACAAUAAAUCUAUAGAUCAAUUUCUCUUGAAUUCAAGGAAGUCGGCAGAAAUAUCUGAUAGAUUUGAGCCCCCCAUGAAAGAGGAAUAUCGUAGGAGUUAUAAUUCUGUGGUAUGUCAGCCUUUAUUUGAAAACAAGGACAAAGACCUAUCCUCUACCCAUAUGUCAGGAAGCAAACCAAGUAUUCAGGAACAAAUGCACCCAAUGCCUUCCGCUCCUGAUCUAGAGCAGCUAGACCGACGGCCUAGUGAAUGUAUGAUGUCACGAUCGGUUGAUCAUCUUGAAAGGCCAACCUCUUUUCCAAGGCCAGGCCAGCUCAUCUGCUACAAUUCUGUUGACCAAGUGAAUGACAGUGUUUACAGAAAUAUUUUACCCACCCUAGUAAUUCCAGCUCACUACAUGAAGCUACCAGGAGAACAUCCAUUUGUUAGCCAGCAGUUGAUUGUUUCAGCAGACCAACAGUUUGAAAUUGAAAGACUACAGGCUGAGCUAUCCAAGUCUCAUCCACAGCAUACAGUGCAUUCUCAACAGAUGUCAUCUGCACAAUUAGGUUCCCAAGCAAUAUCGCAGCAACAUUUACAAGAUGGAGAAGGUGUUGAGUGGAGUGGCCAAAAUGCUAUGAUGUCUGAAUCUGUAUCUAUACCAGCUUCACUAAAUGAUGCUGCCAUUGCUCAAAUGAAUGGUGAAGUCCAGCUUCUGACAGAAAAGGCAUUGCUGGAGCUGGGUGGUGGGAGGCCAAUGCCUCAUCCUCGUGCAUGGUUUGUGUCUUUAGAUGGACGGACAAAUGCACAUAUUAGACAUUCAUAUAUCGAUCUCCAAAGAGCAGGAAGAAAUGGAAGUAAUGAUGCCAGCUUGGAUUCUGGUGUUGACAUGAAUGAACCAAAAGCUGGCAGAAAAGGAAGAGGUGAGAAAUUUUCACUGCUGCAGCAUCACCCAUCUGCACAGCAUCCAACAUUACAGGAGCACCAGCCGCCAAAUGACCAAAAGAUGUCGGACAGUACAACUUAUACUCAACUUGUUUAUUUGGAUGAAAUGGACCAAAGUGGUAGUGAAUGUGGAACAGCUGUCUGUAGCCCUGAGGAUAGUAGGCCAUUCAUAGAGCCACCAGGAAGGAGGAGUGGUGGCCAGUUACCCAGCCUUGAGGAAGAGCCAAUUAAAAGAACUGUGGACUCUUCACCAGUGCCAUUAAACAGCCCUGAGCAUGAAUUUUCCAUCAAUGAUGAUUGUGCUGAUGACCAAGGAGAAAACAAAAAAAGUCCUUGGCAAAAACGCGAAGAAAGACCUCUUUUGGCUUUUAAAUGAAAUGAGUUGUUCUAAAUUCAUCACAAAAUGGAGUAAAAAAUUGCCAAAUAUUCUUUCUUUGGAAAUACUUUUUGGGGAGAGUGGUUUCUGCAUAAGAAGGCAAUCUGCCUCAUGCCUGGGUGGGAGUUUGUUUUGAAGACAUUUCAGUGGAGAAAAUGAAUCCUGGGAUUGAUUUUAUGGACUUUUAUUAAACAAAGGAACAGGUGAUGGUUGGUUCUGUCCCAGAAAUUUUGUUUUUAUUUGAUUGUAAAGUAAUUGAUGCUGUAGGACAACUUCUUGCUAGGUUCUGACCACUAACCUCCCAACCCGGGAGCAUGUGAUACAUAAGUUAUAGUUCUAAAACCAAUUUAUCAAAUGUUUACGGUAAAUCUACAUUAUACAGAAGAGCUGGCACAUGGUGUCAUAAAACGUACACAUAAUCUAAAAGGCUAUGCAUUGCUGCUUUUACACGAAGUGAAAUUUUGCCUAGGCAUUUGCUUUUAUUUUGUUUGUGGCUGUACAAAAUGUAUCUUUCUCAGUAUAACCUGCUUUUAUUAUUAUUAUUAUUUUAAAUAAUUUUCCACAUUUUGUAAUGAGAAAAGCUAUGAUUAGUACCUCCUUGUAUUUUUUUUUUUUUUUUCCAUUUUCUUAAACCAAACGUAAUAUUGUCUGCUUAGUAUCCACCAGAUCUGGCCCCUAAUCUCCAAGUGCCUUUUUUACAGUUGGAAUAGCUUUCUUAUUGCUUAAUCCAUUUGAUUUUUAUAGUUUACUUAUUUUGAACUGCAUGCACCAUGGGUCCGUCCUGCUUCGCCUUUCUCCUUUCUGUACAUUGUAGAGAUCAUUGUGUACUAUAGAUUAUUUAGUAACUAGAAUACAUCUUGAGAACCACUUAGCAAACAUACUCAUAGAUUUAUGUAAAUAUGAUUUUUCUUUUUGCUUUUAAAAUGCUCUUUAAUCUUGAAUGGAAGAAUGAAAAUAGUGAGCAGAAAACAAUAAACCUUAACAUUAUAUACCAUUCUUCUGAAGUGCUAGAAUGACAUUUUUGUGCAUUCUCUUUAAAACUGCUUGGUUAUACAAGAAUUAUAAUUGAAAUAAAACUUAUAAAAACAUACAA